GCCGACGGUUUGAGCUGUACUGACUCAGGCCUUUCAGAAUCUGACUGGGGAACUUGUGUGUCUAUUUUUCAGCAAUUUGAGGAAAGUCAAGGUAGGACCAGCAGCAAGACUGCCUUCUAUCAGGCGCUGCAGAAUUCCCUGGGCGGCGAGGGUGGAGAUACCAGGGUGGAGGCCGCUGCCACGUGGUAUUACUCCCUGGAGCACUCUGAGGACGAUUACGCCUCCUUCUCCCGGGCCCUGGAGAACGCCACCAGGGACUACUUCAUCACCUGCCCUGUGAUCGACAUGGCCAGCCACUGGGCAAGACGGGCCCGAGGAAAUGUCUUCAUGUACCACGUUCCUGGAAGCUAUGACCGCAGCAGCCUGGAACUGCUGACAGAUGUGCAGUACGCCUUUGGGCUUCCCUUCUACCCCACCUACGAGGGGCGGUUUACCCUGGAGGAGAAAAGCCUCUCCCUGAAAAUCAUGCAGUACUUUUCCAACUUCAUCAGAUCCGGAAACCCCAACUAUCCUCAUGAGUUCUCCCGGAGAGCACCUGAGUUUGCAGCCCCUUGGCCCGACUUCCUCCCGUAUGCUGGUGGAGAGAGCUAUAAGGAGUUCAGCUCCCUGCUCCCCAAUCGACAGGGCCUGAAAAAAGCCGACUGCUCCUUCUGGUCCAAGUACAUCCAGUCUCUGAAGGCAUCAGCAGAUGGAGCCAACGACCAGCAGUCAGCCCUGAGUGAAGAGGAGGAAUUGCCGCCGGGCUCUGGGCUGAGGGAAGACCUCCUGGGCCUCUCAGGGCCAGGCUCCAAGGCCUACAGCAAGUGACCAGCCUCUGAGAGCUCCUCUGCCCACUGGCCAGUCGCCACCUGCCAACCCCACCCCAGACUUAGCUGCCCACCACGGGUACCUUGUUCUCUAAAACAGCCACUUAGUUUCAAUAAAGCGUUUAU